GACGGAACUACGAUUUUUAUUUUUAUUUUUAUUUUUUUAAAAACACAGAAGGAAAAGUGCGAAGACGUAACGCUGCUCUCUCUGGUUCGAAAAGGUCACGCAGAGCUCAAACCAAGGGUUUGUGAAGAUAGAGAGAGGGGAAGGUGAGACGGAGAGAGAGUGAGGGAGAGGAAGAAGAAGAAGAAGAGAGAGAGAGAGUGGAGGUGUUUGGAGCUUCAGCGCAUCUAGGGCUUUUAUUUGUAUGUUUUGAGCAGAGGUUGAUACAUUUGUUCAGGGGUUUUUUGAAAUUUCUAUCUUUUAUUAAUCUAAGUUGGUCAAGAGGACAUUGAAGUCGCUGGAUUCUCAAACACUGCUGCUGCUGCUGUUUUGUUUUAUUUAAUGGAAGAAAAAUUAUUAGCUUGUCACGAGGGCUUUUUUGGAGCUUGGAAGUACCGAGCUGGUAUGUGAAGCACUAUGACGCUGGAGGAUUUUUUUACUCUUACUGAGAUGAAAGAUGGGCUUACAGCCCCUGCCCGAGUUGAAGAACUAGUCAAUGUCAUGCAAAAAGAGAGAGAUUGUGUUGUGAAGAAUGUUGGUGAUGCAACUAGGCAGUGGUCCACUGUUGCAAGCACUAUAGCAGCCACAGAGAACAGGGAUUGUCUUGAUCUUUUUAUUCAGUUAGAUGGACUUUGGUUUAUUGAUAGGUGGCUUAAGGAUGCUCAAAAGUUCAGUAAAGACACAAGUGACGGCUUUGUGGAAGAGUCGAUGACUGCCUUAUUACGAGCACUUGAAAGGCUGCAUAUGGACAAUGAGAGGUCAAUUUCUUCUGAAAUCUGGAUUACCAUCAAGAAUCUUCUUGGCCACAGUAACUCUGCAGUUCAGGAUAGGGCUAGAGCUCUAUUUGAUAGCUGGAAUCAGAGCAGGAAUGCUGAUAAAGUUCACCAUGAUGAGAAGGUUGGGGAAUCUCAUGAUGCUGUCAUUGCAGAUCGUGCAACCCUUGCUGGAGGGAGUAGCCUGCUGGAAUGUUCUGCCAAGUCUGUCCCUCUUUCCAAGCAAAGCUCAAAUAUGGAAAAUCAUGCAGGGGAACCUGCCUGUGAUGAUAUUUUGCCAUCAAGAAACACAGAUGAUCCGCACCCAGAAAAAGUUGAAGAUGUAAAGAUUCAAACAUCUAACAACCAGGUUAGAUCUCACAUGACUUCAGACUCUUUACAAGUGGAAGAUGGGCCUUCAGUUCCUUCUGACUCCUCUCUUGUGUUAAAGUCUGUCGGAGAAAACUUUUCAGCAGUGGAAGAGACUGCAAUGCGUCCUGGAGAAGGAGGUACCUCUAUUGAUACUUGUAGUUCCCCAGCUACAAAGCAAGACAAACUUGAAGAAAAAUCAGUGCGUGUAAAAUUGAAUGAGGUUCUUCAUGAUGCAAACCAGACAUAUGAGAUGGAAAUUUCUGCUGCUGAAGUGAUUGCAACAGAAAUUUCUUCUGCCUCUGAUAAAUUGGAUGCCGAAGACGUUUCUUUGAGUGCUGAUGCCGUAGAUGCUUCAGAUUCUGUGAUAGAACCCUUGCUACAAAAUAAAAUUGAUGCCAAAGAUGGUGGUUUUUGUCAAAAACCCACCUCUCAUGGUGAGCUGAACACCGAGUCAAAGAGUGAGAUGAAUCAUUUCAAUAGCACAGCUGUGUUCCAAACUACUGGCGAAGGUGGAGAAUGCUAUUCUAGCAGUUUGCAGGACUCAUCUGGCAGUGAGUCCAUGCUGCGGAAAAACGAAGAUCCUGGUACUUUAUUUUCUCAGAUGGAAGACAUUGAAGCAGUGGAUGAAGUUAAGGGGCAAGGGAGUGGCAGAGGCGAGGAUGUGAUAAAUGCUUCUGAUUGUUUAAAACCACCAAGGGAUAUGAAAAAACAUGAUGUGGCCGAUAUGGAACUUGAGUAUGGCUUAGUUGAUGCUUUAGAACUUGCUCGACAAGUUGCCCAGGAGGUGGAGAGAGAAGUGGUGGAUUACAAAGAACCAUUUUGCAGCUCUUCUUCGGAGAAAACAUCGGAAGGUGGCGUUGGACAGCCAGGUAGUCCAGACUCCAUAAAUGGAAAUGACGACCAAUUUACUGAGGGCCCACUAAGGGAGGCACCAAGUGGACGAAAUCUUUCUGCUGAUGCAUCUCCAAAGGGGGAGGACCACUUUAUUAAUUCAGAUAACCCGGACACCGAACCGGAAAAUUGCAUACCGGAUAUGGAGUCCUCUCAAGUAACUGAAGCGGCUCAAGAGCCACAAGUUAUAUUAGAGAAGGGUCUAUGCGAUUUUGAUCUGAAUCAAGACGUCUGCUGCGAGGAUAUGGACCAUCCUGUGAAUCCCAGCACUGCCACAGUUUCUGUUGUUUCCGCAUCAAGGCCUGUGGCAGCUCCUGGAUUGCCUGCCGCCCCUCUACAGUUUGAGGGGACUCUUGGAUGGAAAGGAUCGGCUGCAACUAGUGCUUUUCGCCCAGCUUCUCCUCGCAGAAUUUCUGAUGGUGAUAAGUAUCUCUGUGUUGGGGGAAGCAGCAAUAGCUCAAAGCAGAGGCAGGAUUUCCUCGAUAUUGAUCUGAAUGUGGCUGAGGGUGCAGAUGAUGAAACUGGGGAUGUAGUAGUCCCAGAAAAGCAAAUCCCCCUUUCAUCAAGCCUGCCUUCUGUGGAAUCUUCAGUAGAAGUGAGUCCGAGAAGAUCUGAGCGACUUAACUUGGAUUUGAAUCGUAUCAGUGAUGAGGGUGAUGCUUUACCAUCAGAUGGAAGGACAGAGGCACGGCGCUUUUAUCCCCGGAAUGGCCAUCAAAGUCCGUCUCCUGCCUCAUCUUCAUCCUCCAUGCCACCUGCCAUGAGGAACAUUGAUUUGAAUGAUCCAACUUUUUGCAAUGAUUCUUCAGAUUACAGGCCCCGACUUGGUAAGCCAAUGGCUGACAAUGUAAACACUUAUGGAGGCCCAAAGCUGGAUGAUCCUGGCUUUUCACUGAUGGGCAAGAGACUGGAGGUCAGCAGGAAAGAUUUUCCUCCUCAAAGCCUAUCUGUCUUGCAGAAUGGCAGGGCUGUGGAACCUGCCAUUGAUCCAAAUUUGACCAGAGUGGGAGGUGUUUUGGAUUUGGGACCUGCAGUUCCCUAUUCACACCCUCCUGUUUAUGGGUUCAAUAGCCUUCCAGCAGGGCCUAGCAUGUCAUUCUCCUCAGCCAUGUAUGGACCUGGUGGUUCUAUCCCCUAUAUGAUGGAUUCAAGAGGAGCCCAUGUUGUCCCUCAAAUAGUAGCGUCUGCAUCAGCCAUUCCUCCAUCCUACACUCCUCAACCAUCGUUCAUAAUGAGCAUGACUGGUGCAACACCGGGUUUAAACGGAGCUGGGCCCUCCCGCCCUAGUUUUGAUCUAAAUUCUUCUGGCUUUUUUGUUGAGGGAGGAAGUAGGGACUUGGGGGGUUUGAGGCAGCUGUUUAGUCCGGGCGAUGGCAGGUUAGUCGAUGAGCAUUUGAGGGCCUACCCGCAGUCCACUCUGAGUUCUGCUGGGAUUGGUGAGAAAAGAAAGGAGCCAGAUGGUGGAUGGGAAUCCUACCCAUUUAGCAACAAACAACAUCAGCAACCGCCAUGGAGAUAGAAGCUUUUUUAAGGUAAUCUAGGCUUUCUUCCUCCUCUAUUGGGGUCUGUUAGGAACCAGCAGAGAUGAUCCAUGCUUGCACAGGCAAAAUUGAUCUGAAAGAGUUGGUGAGCAUUGGCUUAGUGUGGGGGGAGGAAUUAAGUAAAGUUGAAUAAAGCUUGGUAAUUAUGGUUGUAAUAUGAUUCAUGAGAUUAAUUUGCUGAAAAGGGAAGGGGGAAAAAAGGGGAUAUUAGGUUUUUAUUGUUUUGAUUUUGUUUUCAUCAUUUUUCCUUUUUUUUUUUCUUCUGUGUUUUCGUUUCAUAGAAUGUCAUUGCAACCACAGAAAGCUAUGUAGCUGUAAUCUCUCCCAAAUAUAUCACAGAAAUUUAUAGGGAA